GCAAGAGAGAAAAGAAAGAGAGAGAGAUAUAAAUCUUCCUUUCACUUCACUUUGGGAAGAGACUAUUAUUAUUUUCAACUUCAAAUUUUUGACCUUUCCUCUUCUUCUUCUUCAUCACUACUCCUAUAAUAUGCAUUCUAUGUCUUUAUCUCCAUUGUCAACUUCAUGCAUGGACUAAUACUCAUCUACAUACCCUCCAUUGAAACCAUAUUAACUCUCACUUCUCUUAAUAAGGUCUCUCUCUUUUCAAUCUACAUAUAUAAUAUGGGUUCUAUGAACUGGUUAGGUUUCUCUCUUUCACCUCAAGAACCUCAUCAUCAUCAAGAUCACUCUCAGUCAACAGUCUCUCAUCACGAUCACCGCCUUGAUGGCUUCAACUCUGAUGAAAUCUCCGGAAACGAUGUCUCCGGCGAGUGCUUCGAUCUCACUUCCGAUCAUCACUCCACUCAUGCUCCUUUUGGCAUACUCGAAGCUUUCAACAGAUCAAACAAUAAUAAUCACUCUCAAGAUUGGAACAAUAUGAACUCGACCAACUCAUCGGACUUUUCUAUGCUAAUGGGAAGUAAUAAUAACCAAAACCAACAACAACACGAGCAACCGAAGCUGGAAAACUUUCUCGGCCGACACUCUUUCGCCGAUCAUCACAAUACAUACAACACUAGCACUACUACAGCCGACUACAUGUUCCAAGCCUCAUGCGCCGCUUCCUUGAACAUCUCAUCCGAAGCCGCAGUCGCAGCCGCCGCGCCUACCGGUGUAAGUGCCGGAGUUGGAGGAGCUGGAAGCUCCAUUGGGCUGUCUAUGAUCAAGACGUGGCUUAGGAACCAACCUGCCCAGACUCAGCCGGCUGAGACUACUACCAAUAAUAAGAAUGACUGCAGCGGCGGUGGAGGAGGUGGAGCCGGUGCAACUACUGCGGCAGCGAGUACAACUACUCAUCAGACUCUUUCUCUGUCUAUGAGUACUGGAUCGCAGUCUAGCUCAGCUUUGCCUCUUCUUACGACUGGGAGUGGUGGGGAGAGUUCUUCUAUAUCGGAUAAUAAUAAGCACCCUAGAACGGUAACGACAGUGGCGGUGGCUACGGCCGCUGGGGUUGAUAGUCCGACAACCGCCGCAAUAGAGGCUGUGCCUAGAAAAUCCAUUGAUACUUUUGGACAAAGAACAUCUAUAUACCGUGGUGUAACCAGACAUAGAUGGACAGGUAGAUAUGAGGCUCAUCUAUGGGAUAAUAGUUGCAGAAGAGAAGGACAAACUCGCAAGGGAAGACAAGUUUACUUGGGUGGUUAUGACAAGGAAGAAAAGGCAGCUAGAGCUUAUGAUCUUGCAGCAUUGAAAUAUUGGGGUACCACAACCACUACCAAUUUUCCUAUCAGCAAUUACGAAAAAGAAGUGGAAGAAAUGAAGCACAUGACAAGGCAGGAAUAUGUAGCAUCUUUGCGAAGGAAGAGUAGUGGGUUCUCUCGUGGUGCGUCCAUUUAUCGAGGGGUAACAAGACACCAUCAGCACGGGAGAUGGCAAGCAAGAAUUGGACGAGUUGCGGGAAACAAAGACCUGUAUUUGGGCACAUUCAGUACACAAGAGGAAGCAGCAGAAGCAUACGACAUCGCAGCUAUAAAAUUCCGAGGACUAAACGCAGUAACCAACUUCGACAUGAGCAGAUACGACGUCAAAUCCAUAUUAGAGAGCAGCACACUCCCCAUAGGAGGAGCAGCCAAGAGACUAAAAGACGCCGAACAAGCCGAGAUAAUGACAGCUGUCGAGUGCCAGCAAAGAACCAGUAACAAUAUUAUUGUCGAACCAGACAACAUGACCUCACCGCUCACAGACGCAAUCACCAAUUACAAUGCAGCCGCAGUGGCUGCGGCUGCUGCUGCCGUUGCUCAUGGCCACCAUGGCGGUGGCUGGCCAGCCUUGGCAGCUUUCCAACAACCAUUCACUAUGCAUAACUACCCUUAUGGUAAUGGACAGAGCCGAGGACUUUGGUGCAAGCAAGAAGUUGAAGAUUCUGAUCAUAGCAAUACUCAUGCCUUUCAUGAUCAGAUUCAGCUGAGCAACACUCACAAUUUCUUUCAGCCAAACAACAAUUCUAACUCAGUUUUGCAUAAUCUAAUGGGGAUGGACUCUUCUUCAAUGGAACACAGCUCAGGUUCGAACUCUGUUAUGUACAGUAGUAGUAAUAACAAUAAUAAUGGAGGUGAUCAUCAUAACGGGUACGGAAACGGCAGUGGAUAUAAUGUCGUUCCUAUGGCUACCGUCAUAACAAACGACAACAGUAGUAAUAAUAACGGUUUUGGUGAUCAUCAUCAUCAGCAGCAGCAGCAGCAUGAAAAUAAUAAUAAUGUGUUUGGUAAUUCUAGUAACGAUCCUUAUAGCCAUGCUAGGAGCUUGUACUACAUGUCAACACAGCAGUCCCCUGUGACGGUGGGCGUUGUUAAAGGUACAGGGUAUGAUCACCAACAGGGCUCGGCUUGCAGCAAUAAUUGGGUUCCUACUGCUGUUCCAUCUCUUGGACCAAGGUCAUCCAGUAUUAACAUGGCUCCAUUCACUGUGUGGAACGACUCCUAGGUUUGUUGUCGUUUUUGGUGAUGAAGAAGAAGAAGAAGAGAAAUAGUAGGGGAUUAAUGGGCUUUUUAAUUUUAAUUAGGAAUUAAUGUAUACGCCAACUGGGUUCCUAAUUUUGAUUUUCUGGUUUUUUUUUACUAAUUAUCACCUAGGAUAUUAUUAUAGUUUUUUUUUUUUUUUUAUUCUAGCUAACUUAGUGCAAUAGCUAUAGCUAGGCAUUAUUGCAUGCAAAAAGGGGUCUAUAAAUGGUUCAUUUGAAGUUCGGCAAUAGCAUAUGAGAAUAAUUAUGUGUUUUAUUCUCACUUGCUAUGAAUUUUGGGAACUUCGGAUUUGAAUGUUGUUGCACCCUAUCGGAUGUCUUUUUUUCAAAAAAAGAAAAAAAAAAUUAUGAAUUACACCAAGUUUUUGUAACUUUUUUGAUCAGCAAUGUCAUAAUGUUAUAUAUUUAUAUGUGUGUGUAAGUGUAAGUGUGAUAUAUUUCAUAUUGUGAUGUCUCUCCUUGAUUUAUUUUAAUUAUUUUCUGAUUAUUGUGCUUAAUUAUAGUUUAAUUGUUACACACUUCGCAU